AUGAGGUUAUCGGCUUUUAUUUUAUUCACAACGUUUGUGUGUGAAAUUUUCACAAGGUAAAAAGUUGAGAAUCAUGCAAUUGAAUGUCAAUAAAACAUUUUUUCAGCCCUGUCAUUGUCUUGCCACCGUUUCUGAAGCUUCACGAACAAAAUGUUAUCACAAUAGUCAAUGUGAGUUAUCAAUUUUUGAUUGAGAUGCUUUUUUCUUCAUUUUCAGGAUAAACCAGUCAAAUCAGUCGUUCAAAUUGAUCAUGGCGGUGAGAAAACAAAUAAAGAAAUUCAAGGUAAUUACUCAAAUUGACAUUUUAGUUUAUAGUUUCCUAUGAUGUUCAGGUGAAGUACAAGUAAUCUCUUUCCAUACGAGUUCUAGUCAUCCGAGUGCCCAUAUUUAUAUAAAGGUACGUUUUUUUCUACAAAAGAGCAUAAUGAAAACAGAUUUCAGGUGGAUGGUAAAGUGGAAUUAGAUGAAACCGUUCCAGUUCGACCAGAUGUGUUUAAUGUUCACAUUCACAUUGAUAAAACGGUUUAUCGCAAAUCAGAAACUGGUACGUCAACGCUAGCAUCAAAUUUUCAUUCAAUCCACAGCCCUUUUUAGUCAAUGUUCGCAUUCUUCCACUCACUCACUCUGGGAACAUUUACCGCGGCGAUCUCAGCAUUUGCUUAAUAGUAAGCACUCCCUACGUAUUGCUUGUUUACCAAUUUCGUUUAGAAUGGAAAAGGAUUCGUGGAAUCGUCAACUAUGCGCAUCAGAAAAGUCGACGAAACCAACUCGAUUAUCUCGGAACAGCUCGAAAUCCCUUCGCACACAUUUUUCGGUGAUUGGACUGUUAAAGUUCAACCAGUGGAAGCAAGCGGAAAACUGAUGGAUGACAAGCUGAUAUUUGAAAAGACCUUCCAGGUUCAAGAUUACGGUAUGUGUUGGAAAUUUUUUAUAUAGUAGCAUAUUUAUCAUUCAGAUCUUCCUAAUUAUAGACUUUCUGGGUUCUUAGUCGACAGUAGCGUACUGGAGAACACAAAAAUCACAGUUGAGGCAAAGUAAGUACCACUAGUCGCGUCUUCUUCCACUAUGAUAAGUUCAGAUACUUCCACGGUAAACCCGUGAAUGGUUCUGUCCAUGUGUAUUGUCGAGAAGUUGGAUCCACGUCUCAGGACCGCAGUCAUCUGACUCAUAUCAAGUCUGGCGAAGUAAGUUCAUGCUUUUCAUUCAUUCGACGUAG